UCAGUUAAGCCCCUCAACAUCCCGACUCUGGAAGCUUCAGCUCUCAGCCGAGCCGAGAAGACCUGGCCAGGCUGCUCGGGUCUUCACUGACCAGCAGCAAUCUCUUUGCCGCAUCUCUGGGGUGAAGCCAGGCUUUGGGACAGCGCUGCUCAUGUGUAUUUACCCAGCCGUGUAUCUGUGGGCAUAAGGACGGGAGGACCGAGCGAUGUCUGCGCCGGGGUUCACGAACCAGAACAGCUACGUCAGCUACAGCCAGAACUCAACGCCAAACGGUGGAGCUGCGCCCCCCUACCAGAAUGGUCCAACACAGACAUACCAAUCCAUGCAUCCACCUACAGGCUGCUAUGGAGCACCACCUCAACAACAGAACUGCCCCACCAUCCCUGCCCACUCUACUCCUGUUCCUAGCAAAGCACCCAUAACGAACAGUGCCCACAGUGCGAACUACUACCAGAGCAUCCAUCAUCAUCAGCAACAACAGCAGAAGCCGCCGCAGCAGCAGCACCACCUCUCUCAGCAUCAUGUAGCACCCUCCCCAUACAGUGCUCCCUCAAGCUCUGCUCCUCCUUCUCAGCCGUAUGCCACUCUCCCCUCUUCAGCACCACCACCACCACCAUCAAAUGCCCACUACAACCAACAGCCAUUCCAGCAGCAGCAUCACCCACUAUAUGCCGCUCCAGGAUCCUACUAUGGACAGCAGUCGUACCCCACUCCCCCAGCACAGCACUCUCAACAACAGCAGCAGCAGCAGCAGCCCAGUUUGGUGCCUGCACCAUCUGGCGGCCCUGGAGCUCCCAUCUACCCAAUUGUUUCGUACCCGUCUGCCCCAGGAAGUAGCCAGUACGGCACCCUGUGUUCCUCCCAGAGCACCUCGAAGCAUGGAGUCAUGCCCACCCAGAUGGGUGCACCCCUACAUCAGUACAGCCCCUCUUGGCCUGCAUCCACAACAGCAGUGCAGCCUGGGUACAGUGUGGCUCCUCCUAGUCAGCUGGCACCGACAGUUAAUGGUCAAGGAAGCACAGUCCACGAACACUAUGACCAGAGCCAUCGGGCUUCUCUGAGCUAUGACUCCUACGGUGGGGUCAUUCACAGCAGUGGUGGCGCAGACCGACCGCCUUCAGGAACCCCCUCCACUUCAGUCCAUUCCUCGCCGGGCCAUCACCAAGGCAUGCAGUAUGGAUAUGUUGCUAAUAGUGGAGCUAGCUCUGCCUCUGCCACCACCUCAGGCCCAGCCGCGGCCCCCUCAUCAUGCAGCUCUGAGGAUGAGGAUGAUGAUGAUGAUGAGGAGGAGGAUGAGGAAGCAGGUGGCGACACUUCCUCCUCCACUACUGGCAGUGCCUCUCCGGUGCCCAACAGCUAUGAUUCCCUGGAAGGGGGCAGCUAUCCAGAUUCUAUGCCUCCCUCCAAUGAUAUGACCAACCAGGCCGCGCCCUAUGGAAGCUAUGGUUACCCCAGCAUGCAGCCAGACUAUCCCCAGGGACCGGCCUCCCACACUGAGUCUUCCCCCUCCCGUGACCCAUAUGGCCAGUCAAGCUACCAGCAGUACUCCCAGCCAUUCCCGAACCUGUCCCAGCUGUCUGCGGCCCUAGGGGGGCUGAGUGGGGUGCCAGAGCUGGAGGUGGAGGCCCUGAGUCCGAUCAACCUGCUGCUGGAGAGGAGCCUGCUGCCCCCCAGGCCCCUUGAAGCCCCCGAACCCAACCUCAGCCCCGACCUCAAGAAGGUCAACUGUAGUCCACAGACAUUCAGGUGUACCCUGACCAGCAUCCCCCAGAACCAGGCUUUACUCAACAAAGCCAGGCUACCUCUGGGCCUCCUCCUCCACCCCUUCAGGGACUUACAGCAGUUACCGGUCAUCACGUCAAACACAAUAGUGCGCUGUCGCUCCUGUCGCACCUACAUCAAUCCAUUUGUCACCUUCCUGGACCAGCGCAGGUGGAAGUGCAACCUCUGUUAUCGGGUCAAUGAUGUUCCAGAUGAGUUUAUGUACAAUCCAGUCACCAGGUCGUAUGGCGAGCCCCAUAAGAGACCAGAGGUCCAAAACGCCACUGUGGAGUUCAUCGCCUCCUCAGACUACAUGCUGCGGCCCCCUCAGCCAGCGGCCUACCUGUUUGUUCUCGAUGUGUCUCACAAUGCUGUGGAAUCGGGCUACCUUAAGUUCUUCUGUGAAUCACUUAUGGACAACCUGGAUAAGUUGCCUGGGGAUACACGCACCAGAGUGGGCUUCCUCACCUUCGACAACACCAUCCACUUCUACAACCUCCAGGAGGGACUGUCCCAGCCACAGAUGCUGGUGGUAUCGGACAUAGAUGACAUCUUCAUACCGUCUCAUGACAGUCUAAUGGUGAACCUGAAGGAAAGCAAGGAGCUGGUGAAGGACCUUCUGACAUCACUGCCGGGCAUGUUCAGCCAGACCAAGGAGACCCACAGCGCCCUCGGCCCGGCAUUACAAGCAGCUUUCAAGCUCAUGUCUCCCACCGGGGGCCGCGUCACAGUGUUUCAGACGCAGCUGCCGACGCUCGGUGCCGGUUCGCUGAAGUCGAGGGAAGACCCCAACCAGCGCUCGAGCACUAAGGGAGUUCAGCACCUUGCCCCAGCCACAGACUUCUAUAAGAAACUCGCACUGGACUGCUCAGGGCAACAAAUUGGGGUGGAUCUUUUCCUGCUCAGCUCCCAGUACGCUGACCUUGCUUCGCUAGCAUGUAUCUCUAAGUAUUCAGCGGGCAGCAUCUUUUACUACCCCUCCUUCCAUUACAUCCACAACCCGGCGCAGCUGGAGAAGUUCCAGAAGGAUCUGGACCGCUACCUCACCAGGAAGAUCGGCUUUGAGGCGGUCAUGAGAAUACGAUGCACUAAAGGUUUAUCCAUCCAUACGUUCCACGGUAACUUCUUUGUGCGCUCCACCGACCUGCUGUCCCUGGCCAAUGUCAACCCGGAUUCUGCCUUCGCUGUCCAGAUGUCUAUUGACGACUCACUAGCAGACUCUUCUCUGGCCUGCUUCCAGGCUGCUCUGCUCUACACCUCUAGUAAAGGAAAAAGGCGAAUCCGGGUCCAUACUCUGUGUCUGCCGGUGGUCAACCAACUGAGUGAUGUGUAUGCCGGAGCUGAUGUUCAGGCCAUCACUUGUCUGCUAGCUGACAUGGCUAUCGACCGGUCGAUAACGUCCAGCCUGACAGAUGCUCGGGAUGCCCUGACGAAUGCGGUGGUGGAUCUGGCGAGCGCCUACAAGAGCAACGUGUCCAACCUGCAGCAGUCCGGCCUCGUCUUUCCUGCUGCCUUGUGCCUCUUCCCCAUUUACAUCCUCUCUCUGCUCAAACAGAAAGCUUUGCGGACAGGCACCAGCACGCGGCUGGACGAGCGGGUCUUUGCCAUGUGUGAGUUCAAGACGCAGCCGCUGCAGCAGCUGAUGCGAAUGGUUCAUCCUGACCUGUACCGGCUGGACAACAUUUCUGACCAGGGGGCGCUCCAUCUGAACAACACAGUUAUUCCCCAACCUCAUCUGCUCCACCUGUCUGCUGAGACGCUGACCAGAGAUGGAGCUUUCCUCAUGGACUGUGGCAACACCUUUUAUCUGUGGAUCGGCAAAUGCUGCCACGAUUUGUUCAUCCGAGAUGUUCUGGGCUGCCCCAACUACGCUUCAAUACCCACCAACAUGAGUCACAUUCCUGAGCUGGGGACUCCUCUGUCUAAGAGAGUGCGAGCGUUUCUCGACUGGCUGCAGGACAACCGAGCGUUCAGCUCCAUGAUACACGUCGUCAAGGACGAUACUUCGGCUAAAGCUACUUUCUUCCAGUACCUGGUGGAGGAUCAGUCUGAGUCGGCUUCUUCCUACCAUGAAUUCCUGCAGCACAUCCAGGCAAUGUCCAAGUAGGCUCCCAUGAUACAGAGAGAAACUUUGGCCGCUAGAAUCCACAAACCAGAGCGUGAAUGGAUUCCGGCCUCGUAGAGUGAAAACUAAACUCCUUCAGACUAGUUUUAGCGGGGUGGGUUACCUCCCGUUCCUCCAAACAGAGUCUUAAUAAACAAAUCCACCCUCCAAGCUCAUCGGUCAGCCGGGAUUUGACCAUCAGAAGGGGAGGAGGGCGACAGUUGUAGAAAAGAAAUAAAGAGAAAUAAAUAAAUGAAGAACAGGGAUUUGUUCCACCUCCAGUCCAUCGCUGCCUCUUAACCGCCGUCAACCCCCCCGUUUUAACCCUCUCGUCAAACCUCUCCCUCCCGAGAUAAGAAGGGGAAAGUCGAGCCAAGAAGAUGCCAUUUAAGCAAGUCUUUAGUUAGAUUUGUUUUCGUGAGCCUCACAUGUAGCUAGUGCUGUCUUUUUUUAUUAUUAUUUUAUAAUUUAUUCCCCUCCUUCCUCCCUCAGUUUUAUUUUAAGACUAUUUUGAAUACACUGGAUUACAGAAUCAAGAAUUCCUUUUUGUUGUUUUUCGGCAUGAGAUACGAAACGCAUGUCACUGUUUUGUUUGCUGCUAGUCUGAGCUCAGACGACAACCGUCUGCGUAACGGGAAUAUACUUCGACAGUGGUUGGAUGUUGAACCCCCCCCCCCCCGCCUCCCCCCA